CGGCGAGGGGCGCGCGUGAGUUGAAGUGCCGGCGAGGCGGUCGGGUUCAUCAGUCAUGGCACUAAGGGCCUUGAAAUUUGCCUCACUGACAGCGGCUGCUUCUGGCAUCUAUCUGUAUGGAAACAAGUUCCUGGAUCCUAAUGACUUUGGAGUUGUUCGUGUGGGCCGAGCCAUUGCCACAACGGCAGUUAUCACCUAUGACUACCUGACCUCUCUUCGGAGUGUCCCAUAUGGAUCAGAGGAGUAUGAGUUCCUCAAGUCACAGGUGCACCUGCGCUCUGCUGAGCGCCUCCGGGAGUUGUGCUGCUCCAACCGAGGCACCUUCAUCAAGGUGGGGCAGCACCUGGGAGCACUGGACUACCUCCUGCCUGAGGAGUACACCCGCACCCUCAAGGUGCUGCAUAGCCAGGCCCCGCAGAGCACCAGGCAGGAGAUUGAGCAAGUUAUCCGUGAGGAUCUGGGAAAAGAGAUAAAAGAGCUCUUUAUGAGUUUUGAGGACACUCCCCUGGGAGCAGCAUCACUAGCCCAGGUACACAAAGCAGUGCUGCAGGAUGGGAGAACGGUGGCAGUGAAAAUCCAGCACCCCAAGGUCCAAGCUCAGAGCUCCAAGGAUAUUUUGCUCAUGGAGGUUCUUCUCUUGGUUGUGAAGCAGAUUUUUCCAGAUUUUGAGUUCAUGUGGCUGGUGGAAGAAGCUAAGAAGAAUCUGCCCUUAGAGCUGGAUUUCCUCAAUGAAGGCAGAAAUGCUGAGAAGGUUGCUCAUAUGCUCAAAAACUUUGACUUCCUGAAGGUCCCCAGGAUCUACUGGGAUCUUUCAACAAGGCGUGUCCUUCUCAUGGAGUUUAUGGAAGGGGGACAAGUGAAUGACAGGGCCUAUAUGGAGAGGAAUGGCAUCAAUGUCAAUGAGAUCUCUCGCAACCUGGGAAAGCUCUACAGUGAAAUGAUUUUUGUGAAUGGCUUUGUGCAUUGUGACCCACACCCAGGCAAUGUGCUGGUGAAGAAGUGCCCAGCCUCUGGCAAGGCCCACAUUAUCCUCCUGGAUCAUGGGCUCUACCAGGUGCUGAGUGAGUCAUUCCGCAUGGACUACUGCCGGCUUUGGCAGGCCCUCAUCAAGGCUGAUAUGAAGAGGGUGCAGAAGUACAGCCGGCGACUUGGGGCAGGGGAUUUGUAUCCUCUCUUUGCCUGCAUGCUGACUGCCAGAUCUUGGGAAUCUGUCAACAGGGGCAUUGACCAGUCACCAGUCUCUGCCAGUGAGGACAUGGAGAUCCGGUCCAAUGCUGCCGCUUACUUGCCCCAGAUCACCCAGCUUCUCAACAACGUUCCCCGCCAGAUGCUGCUUCUGCUGAAGACCAAUGACUUGUUAAGGGGGAUUGAGUCAGCCCUGCACACACGGGCCAGUGCCAGCUCCUUCCUCAAUAUGUCUCGCUGCUGCAUCAGAGCUGUUUCCACGUACCAGAGGAGCAAGAGUCACUCGCUUUACAGGAGGGCCCAGAUCUCAUUCACAGAAGCCCUAAGCCUGUGGCAGAUCAACUUAUAUGAACUCUUUCUGUGGCUGAAGGGGUCCCAGCUGGGGAACUGGGUCAUUGCUCUCCUGAGACGGAUGCACCAUUUAAUGUACUGACAUGAACUGGUGGGAGAGGCCUGGGUGCUCCCUCCCUCCCUUCUGUUCUCCAUGGCACAUCUGCCUUUUUGACUAUUUCUGUCUAUUUUUGGGUCUUACUCCACAUUACACACUGCACUGUCCUUUUCUUUUACAGCAUUAGCUUCCCCUGUGGCACAGAGAGAUUGAGUUGAUACCAGAGCCCUACUGUUUUGUGGUUUAGGUAAAGUAGGUGCAUAAUACCUUGUGGCAGGAAAGACAGAAAAGAAUACCUUCUUUCCUCAUUUGUGCAGGUUAAGUUCCACUCAGAUUCUAGUGGGAUUGUGCUGGAAGCAAAUGCCUCUUUGACUCUUUCUUAAACAAUCUUAAAGAAUUUAAAAGAAUCCCAGCCCUACCUAGAAUGCCCCAAAAUAUUUUUCAGACCCUCAGAGAGGGGUGGUAAGUCCCUUUAAAAUACAAUAGGGUUUAUAUUAAUUUGUGCAAUCUCUUUAGUCUGAUUUCUGUUUAGGUGUGCGGAAGGUUUCUCAGAGGAAUGAGACCUUGUGGAAAGCUGUCACUAGGGUUUUUUUCUUCCAGCACCAGGGAAAGAGGACACAAAUGGUGAGAGUGGUGGACUGGGAGUCUGACUUCCUAAGAUGCAUCUCCAGUCCUGUCAGCAAGUGCCUCUGUUUUUGGACUUCUCCUGGCUUGUUUCCUUGCAGGUGAAAUGGAGGAAGGGGACAGUGAUCUUGCCUCUCUUCUGAAAUUCAGGAAAGGCAGUAAGAAGGACAGCUCAGGGCUCUGAAACUGCUGGUAAUGUAUGUGUACUGUACAAAACUAUCACACAACAAAAUAAAUGUGUUGUAUCAAAGA